AUGGUACAGGUACCACCCAGACCAAAGUUGACUGGAUGGGCAGCAGCAGCGUCAGCAAAGAGGUAUUCGGUGGCAACCCCGUCUGCAAGGACAACGGGAGGUACAAGUAGCAAGCAUAGCAAGAACCAUAAUGGUGGCAAUGGGAGCAGUUAUGGUGGUGGAGGUGGGGGCGGUGGUCACAACAGCCUAAAUGCAACGAUGUCGUCGUCAUCGUCAUCUGGUUCAGCGGCUUCGCUGGUGGCUACAGGAACGGGACCGGCGACUGAACAAGAUUCGAUAGGAGCUUCUAAUCUUCCUGGUAAGGAUGACAAGGAUACGAAGGACUGCAAGGAGAAGAAGGCACGUAAGACUCAGCGGGCGUCGUUCAAUGCUCAGGAAGUAGAGACAUUCUUGCAGGAGCAUUUUAAACAGCAUGCGAGAAUUGCGUCUGAGUAUUCGGCGACUUCACGUUCUGUUUCUUGGGAUACAAAUACUUCGAGCAAGUGGAAGUCCAAGCGAUACGGCUGUCUAACUGAAGUAGCCAGGGCGUUGAGGUCCUAG